CAGAUUCAUCACUUUGUUCAUCCGGCGCCAGACCAAGGCUUCUCAUGCUCAAUAUUGUCUUCAUCGUGCUCACGGCAUUGUCUACUAUCGUUCGAAUAGCGAGCAAAUCCAUCGCCGAACACUCACAGUGGUGGUGGGAUGAUCAUUUUGCUAUCCUCUCUCUGGUGUGGGCUUCAAGCAUAUGGUACAACACAGAUCAACUGAUCUAUUACGCACAGCUGUUCGAAGUACCUUAUCUAUCCCUCCUAAUCCUAUGGCUCAGAAUCGGCCUCCGUUACUACCCCAGCGUCGGGUUUCCGUACCUCUUCUCGUCUUUGUUCUUCUUCAACGGAGCUAUCUGCUUCACCAAACUGUCCGCCAUUUUCUUCUACGCCCGCGUUUUCGGCUUGAAUAAUCGCGUCUUCCGGCUUCUCCUGUGAGUCGCGGGCUCUCUCGUCGCGGGCCGGCUUGCAUUCGUCUAGAUAAGCACAGUGUUCCAGUGUCGACCGAUUACAAAAGCGUGGAAUCCCACGCUGCCGGGCACCUGUUUCAACUCUACCCCUGGUACAUUUCGACAGCGAACCUCUCUUGCCUGAUAGACCUCUAUAUUCUCCUCCUCCCAGUCCCGCUUAUCAUCCGCCUCAAAAUAAGUUCCCGUCGCCGCCUUGUCUUCCUCAUUACCUUCUUCAUGGCCUAUUCGGCUGUCGUGAUAUCUAUCAUACGUCUCGUCGUG